GGUAUUAUCCAUUUCAUUAUGCACCAUUUGCUUCAGACUUUGAAGGUAUUGCAGACAUGCCUUCUGAUUUUGAGAAGGGUACUAAACCGUUUAAACCACUGGAACAACUUAUGGGAGUUUUUCCAGCUGCAAGUGGUAACUUCCUACCUCCAUCAUGGCGGAAGCUCAUGAGUGAUCCUGAUUCUAGUAUAAUUGACUUCUACCCUGAAGAUUUUGCUAUUGAUUUAAAUGGGAAGAAAUAUGCCUGGCAAGGUGUUGCUCUGUUGCCGUUCGUGGAUGAACGAAGGCUGCGAGCUGCCCUAGAAGAGGUAUACCCAGACCUCACUCCAGAAGAGACUAGAAGAAAUAGUCUUGGAGGCGAUGUCUUAUUUGUGGGGAAACAUCACCCACUGCACGACUUCAUUUUAGAGCUGUAUCAGACAGGUGCCACAGAGAAUCAGGAAUGCAUUUUUCCACAGCCAGUGGGUGUACCACCUGAACUAUGUCAUGGGAUUCAAGGAAAGUUUUCUUUGGAUGAAGAAGUCAUUCUUCCAGAUCAAAUAGCGUGUUCUCCUGUUUCCAUGUUACGGGAUCUGACACAGAAUGCUGCAGUCAGAUGGUAUUUUUGAAAAGAAAGAAAAGACAUACCAUCUUCAACUGAAGAAGAUACAACAAUUUGAAUACCAUUUUGUGUGAUAUCUGACAUUUCAUUUUGACCAACUGUCUGGGGAAAGGAUGAAAGGAUCUGUAUCCACUGAGCCCCUGUGUGAGCCCUGGGUUCUGUGCUCACUAGUGCAUGGCGUCUGGAGACUCCUGAAGACGUGAUCUCUAUCACUGCUGAUGUGUCCUUGUUUGCACUCACAGUAGUAGCUGAUGUUGGUUUUCACACAGUUUGAAGUUGGAGGGCGGAUGAAUUCUCCUCCGCCGUAUUCAGUACCUAUGAAAUGAAGGAGUUGGUAGGGGAUUUCGUUGGGAGGAGUUUUCAGGUAAAUAAUUUAAUACCACGUCCAUCAUUUCUGGGGUGUAGAACCAGUCUUUCUCUUAGUAGACUUUUGCUUUGAGCUCCUGCCUCACUGAUCCAUUACAUUGUUUUCUCUGCACACAAGUGUUGAUAUUUUGAUGAACUCCACUGAAGACAAAGAUGCCUAAUAAUAGAAACCAGUGGUGGAAAAAUACAUGACUAGGGCCAAUUGAUGCCAAGUCCUUGAAAUAUGAUGGAAUGAGACAGAAAACAUUUCCUUAGAAGUACCUAAAAGUAUUUCACUCUUUGAAUGUGGUUAAAAUGCUUCACUUUUUUAAUGAACUUGUGGGCAAUGGAAUUUACCCAUCAUUUCUGUUGUAAUCCCAUUUUAAGCAGGAGUUUCCACCUUCUGUGCAAUAGAGAAGUCAUCUGAUUUCCAACAUUAUGAUCAGUGUUUGAGUUGGGGGAAAUAGAAACAACAGUUAUUGUGCACUUAUUCUGGCAAACACUGACAUAGGCAGUUUACUGGUGUUAUCUUACUUAAUCAUUGAAGCAGGCCUCUUCAUACAGUAACACUUAAGGCCAUUUUACCCACCAGGAAAAUGAGAUUCAAAGAAGUGAAGUCACUUGCCCAUGGUCUCCCAGCUAGUAGAUUGUAGGACCGAUAGAGUCUGGCACACUAGGGAAAAGUCUACAUGGGGGCUAUUACAGCACACUGCUUCAAUGUGCACGUGCAUCAUCAUGCACACACAACAGGAAGUGUAACUGGGUCUCAUUUUAGGUUUUCCCCAGGAGAAACUUCUGAUGGAAGAUUCUGGUCUUUAUACUCCAUGUAAUUUUAUACAAACAUUUUGCACCCUCUUAUCUUCCUUAACAGCUAGAAAUCCAUAUCUUUUCUGAAUCUAAACCAGCUUCACACCUAUAAAAUUUCCAUUUGAGUGCAUAAUGUAAUACUCAAAUGCAAAUAUCAUAGAUUUACAUUCCAAUGAAAACCUGUACAUGCUCGUUUGAUUAAGGUGUUAUUUUUAGGGAAAAAAAAAGAAGUAUAUUCAAGAAGAAAAAAGAGCCAUAUACGUUCUGCAAAAUAUUGCAAAAAUUUUACCUGUUUUAGAUGCCCCUCUAU